UCGGUAACUCGUUGCAAAUCCAUUUCAUAAUACGAGCGUUUGUGUGUGUUCUUCAAGUCUUGCAUUUUUCAUCAAUUACAAAUCAAGAUGGUUCUGUCCGAUGGAGCUAAGGAGCGUCUUGGAGUCGUUGUCGAUAUCAUUCAAACCACAUUCCACUGGGGAUUUGUCCCAAUGGUCCUGUACUUAGGAUUCUCAAAGGGUGCGGAGCCUGGAAUGCCACCUCUAUCCCUUCUAAGCCUUUUGUGGCAAUAAAUAUUUUCAUCAAUCGCUUGCAAUGACAACGGCAGUGUUCUCAUCAUUAAAUUGACAAGAUGUUUUUGUUAAUUGAUUGGCAGUUCAACAGUUAUAGGACCUGUAAGAAUCGCAGGGGGAAAUAAAUUUCUGUUAAACGCUUAACAAAUCUAUAUAUA